AUGAGCGUUAUUGUUCGGUGUCCAGAUAACACUAUAAAAGUUUACACUAAAGGAGCGGUACUGUUAACAUUCUGGCUUUAUUCGCUUUCUUCAUUAAAAACUGAGAAAACUAAAUAUUGA